AUGGUCAUAUGUGUUCGUCUGGCCGUCUACUGUUGAAGACUUUGCGCCACUCCUCAGGACAAUGCAUCAUAAACACCAGAUGUGAGUUGCCUGAAUCAUAUUUUGACUGUACUGUACAAUUAUAGAUGGAAGCCACAGACAUGAAAUACAGUAUUCUUCACAACUGUACAAGAAGAGAGAGGCAGUACAACCUCUUCAAUUGAGGGCGUUGGUGUACCAUGUCGAGUGUGCUUAACCGGUCGACCUCCAUGAUGAAUGGUGGAGAGAUGUACUUAAGGGGGGCAGCCGGAGUAGGUAGGAGUGGAGAUGGUGGGGGGGGUGGCGGCGGUGGCACGAGCUUGCGGGAUUCGUUAGCGGGAGUGAUAGGAGCACGUCACUUGAGGGAGUCACCCACCUCCUCACCUCUGCAGAUAUUUGUGCGGGCCAAGAAGAAGAUCAACGACAUUUACCAGGAGAUUGAGGAGUAUGUUGCUGAGACCACCCUCUUCCUCGAAGGAGUACACAAUGACAAGGGCCUCAUCGGCGAUAAAGACUUCCAAGACUUCAAAUCGUACAGUAGCAAAGUGGCGGGGAUCAAGGAGGUGCUGGCUAGGGACCAUAUGAAGGUGGCAUUUUUCGGGAGAACGUCCAACGGCAAGAGUACCGUCAUAAAUGCCAUGAUGGGCGACAAGAUUCUACCGUCAGGCAUCGGACACACGACAAAUUGCUUCUUACAGAUUGAAGGUAUAGACACUAAUGAACCGUACCUUACCACUGAGGGAUCUUCGGAGAAACAAAAUAUUAAAGGUAUUGGACAGUUGGCCCAUGCCCUGUGUAACAACAGAUUGGGUGACUCGACACUCGUACGCAUCCACUGGCCUAAGACUCGAUGCCCACUCCUGAUGGAUGACGUCGUCCUCGUAGACUCUCCGGGGAUUGAUGUGUCCGUGAGCCUCGACGAUUGGAUUGACAAGCAUUGCCUGGAUGCCGACGUCUUUGUGUUGGUUGCUAAUUCAGAAUCUACGUUGAUGAACACAGAGAAGAAUUUCUUUCACAAAGUUUCAGAAAAACUCUCCAAGCCCAACAUAUUCAUCCUUCAGAACAGAUGGGACAUGGCCGCCUCAGAACCAGAAUUUUUGAACGAGCCUAACACCGGGCUGAGUGAGGUCCGCAAACAACACUUGGAGAGGACCAUAGGCUUCUUAGUAGAGGAACUGAAGGUGGUCCAGGGUGCACAGGCAGAGCAGCGGGUGUUUUUUGUGUCUGCCAAGGAAACUCUUCACCAGCGCCUCAGUGAAGCCAAGGGACAACCAAACAACACUGCUGGGUAUCCGGAAGGGUUCACGAGUCGUUAUUUUGAAUUCCAAGAUUUUGAACGCAAGUUUGAAGAAUGUAUUUCCAAAACCGCCGUCAUCACCAAAUUUGAGCAGCACACACAGCGCGGGAAAAAUAUCGCUAAUGAGAUUGGGCAAAAUGUUGGGAACUUGAUGGAACGAGCUUGGCAGGAGCGGGAUCAGAAGAUGGGGGAGAGGCAAUCACUGUGGGCACGUCUGGACCACACGGAAAAGGAACUCCACGACGUCACCACACAGAUGAAGGAGAAGAUUUGCUCCAUUGUUGAGGACGUGGAACGAAGAGUAUCUAACGCUCUGAAUGAAGAAAUUCGUCGCCUGUCUGUGUUGGUGGAUGAGUUCAAUGAGCCAUUCCACCCAGAUCCUCUUGUGCUGAAUGUGUUUAAGAAGACCCUACAUGCCCACGUGGAGUCAGGGUUGGGCUCCAACCUGCGAGCAAGACUGUCCUCAGCCUUAGCCCUCAACAUUGAAAGCAGUCAAGCAGAAAUGACAAAUCGAAUGUUGGCGCUCCUUGGCCCCGCGAAGCGUGAGAUGGCCAGCACCAUGCUACCCCGACGGGAGCCAUUUGAGAUUCUUUACCGACUUAACUGUGAGAAUCUCUGUGCAGAUUUUCAGGAGGAUAUAGAGUUCAGGUUUUCCCUGGGGUUGGUGUCUCUUGUCCAGCGAGUCUUAGGGAAAGCAAGCAGCCGGAUCACUAAUAGUAGACACAAGGAAAAUAUUCCCCGGAGUGUACCUAUGACACCACUGACGCCCAGCAAUGAACCACAGUUUGGCCUACCCCAGGAUGAUUGGUCCAUUAUCAGUCGCUUUGCUGUUGCCAGCGUAGGCUCUCAGGGCACCAUGGGCCUCGCUCUCACAUUAGGCCUUAUGUUCAAAACAGUUGGUUGGCGCUUGAUAGUGUUGACCGGUGGUGUGUAUGGCUGCCUGUAUGCAUAUGAACGUCUCACAUGGACCAACAAAGCAAAAGAGCGCGUGUUUAAGAAGCAGUAUGUUGACCACGCUACACGCAAGCUACGACUGAUUGUGGACCUGACAUCUCACAACUGCUCACACCAGGUCCAGCAGGAGCUCAGCGGCACGUUUGCUCGCCUUUGUCGCCUGGUUGAUGAGAGCACCAGCGAGAUGCAGCGGGACGUUCGCUCUCUGGAGAGAGAAGUUCAGCAGCUGGAGGACAUCACAGCGACGGCGAAGAAGCACCGCAACAAGGCCCACUACCUGGUCAAUGAGCUGGACAUCUUCCAACAGACAUAUUUAUCAUCAGAUGAGUAAGAGAGGCUGAGUUUAUCUUAGGUAAGUGGGAUUAAGAAGGAUGCCAACUAAGUUUAGAUAUUUAAUGCAGUUAGUGGAAUAACUUAAUUGGAAUUAUUAAAUAAUAUUUUCCAUGUUUAUUAAAAUUAAGGUCUAUUUUAUGUAAGACCUGUUUGAUUGAGCCUGGAGGAUCGUAGUGUAAUAUGGUUAAAAGAGUUUGGCUUUAAUAAAUAAGAGGUUUUUCUAUAGGAACUUCAGUUAGAAAACAGGUCUGCCAGAAAUGCAUUUUUCAACUAGUUUUAUUCUACAUUUUAUAAUUGAGGUGCACAGUGAAAAUUAAAUCAGAGAUAACUUGUUUAUUUGGCAUAUGAUAUACAGUAUUGUGUGUAAUGCUUGGCUAAACCAACACUAUCACUCAUGUUGGAGGACAGCUGAAGGACAUAAACAUGUUAUUUAAUUAUUGGUACCUGGAUGAUAACUUUGUUUUUAGUGUUAAUUCGUGAUGACUGAAUAUCCUUUUCUGGCGUUUAAUUUGAGGAAUUUUGUAUGUGGCUUUACUCAAAAUAGUCUUCUGGCUGCAUACAGUAGUUUCCAGGUGCUGCACUGAUAACUGUACCUACUGUACUGAACUCAAGAACCAACUCAACAGGUGUUUUUUGAUGUGUAUUUAACAGUUUGUUAAAUUAUAUAUAUCAGAAAAUUUCUAAGCACAUUUUAACAGAUAUUGUUAAUAUUUAAUAUCUAUAUAGAAGAUACGAAUUUAUUAGAUUCUUAUAUAUUACAGUAAAAGGUCGUCUAUUACUUCUUUUAACAUUACUGGUAUGCUCAAUUUGAAGACACCCAUCCAAGCCCACGAAGAAAACAGUCUCUGAAUGAAAUGAAAUUGAUAUGUACAGAUAAUUGUUAAUAAGUUCACUAAGUUUAUGACAUAUUUUCUUGUAUAUGAGCCUCCACUACACUGAGUAAUACUGUACUCAGCAUUAUUCAGCGGAUGUGCAUAGUAGUUUUGUACAGGUUAUAUCUAUUGCAAAGUUUUCAGAGUUUUCUCACCAGUGGAGUGGCCUGUUUGACUCUCCUGCGUUCAGUUGCAUGAAAUAUUGUGCAGUACCAGGAAUUUGGUACAUGUAAUAGUUAAACUUAAAUGUAUAUACUGUAUUAUCAUAAGAAAUCAUGGUGUUUAUUAUAUACAGAAACUGAUUAGUAAGUUCUGUUGAGAGGAUAUAAUUAUUUUUGAAGUUUCAGUUGCAAAUGAUAUAUAUAUUUGGUGGUUAUUUGUUAAUGGAAUGCAUACAGUUAACCCCUUAAGAGUUUUUAUAUAUUUACAGUUAUGCUUUAUGUUCAACUUGGACAUGUCUAGAUAUAUGUUUUGAUGGUACUGUAUGCUGGACUAUGAUCCGCUACAUCAGUAAUGUUUCUACAGCAGAGAGAGAAGUCUAUGAUGGUCACUUUAAGAGACGUUCUAACUCGGUAUAAAUGGGAAGUUUCGGUGAAGUGAAAGUGACAGGUUGUUUGGUUGUGUUUUGUUCAGCAAAAUAAGUUUAGCUUUAUUUUAUAAGAUUUUGUUGCAGUGAAGAAACACAAAACUUGAAUUACAGGUGUAUAAUAAUAACUAUUGCCAUAAUAGUGGCUCUAAUUUUUGGAUAAUAUAAUUGUGACCCCAAGUUGUUAGUGUGAGAUGCGAGUAAGUGCUGCAUAGAGAUGUGGAUGGGUCACAAGCUGAACUGGGUCAUCUGUACCUCUACACUAACCUUGCCUGCUUUAUGCAUACAACCAGGGUAGUUUUCCUUGGGUUAAUCUAUUUAAAAAUAUUUUAACCAAAAUUAACAAUUUAUUAUUCGUUCUAAUCAAAUGUUACUCAUUAAUGUGUGAGUAAUGUACACUACACACCGAAUAAAAAUUAUGACGUAUCAGCACUGUGUAGUACAGUAUAUACAAACUGAUUAAUCACUCUGUAUUCAACAAAGUGGAAUAUUUAUCCUUACAAGCUCAUUAAAUUUGCAUCAGCAUAAUAAUAUAAUGCAAAAUACACAUGAAUUUUUCUUUUCAUUAAUAAACUUUUGUUUAUCUCAUUUGAGUAAUUACUGACUUUUGUUAUUGCUGUGGUUAGUUAAGAAACCACAACAGGGACUUAUUUUUUCACCAGUCUGGUUGAUGAAAAGGUUAUUUACCUUCGCUUGUUUUAGUUAACUUGUGUGGUGUAUCUCACCUGAUGGUGGAGAAGUACACUGUCCACCCAACUCUUUAUUAAACAAUGUCUGUUAAGGCUUUUUGAUUUUCUAAGUAAAAAUAUGCUAAGAGUAAAAUUAUAAAAGUCCAGUUUUAAACGGUAUUAGUAGCUUUAUACACAAAGUUUUUAAAAAUUAGUUAUUGAAAGUAACUAGGAUCUUUUUAUACUAUUGAACCAGUUACUUAAUAAUGCCUUCUUUUCAGUCAUCUCUUUUGAACAAGAAUCAUGUUUUGGUCUCAGUAAAAGGUUGCAUGUGACAUAAUUUAUAUAGUUUACUGAAUGUUGAUGUUGGUAAAGAUUACUGUACUAACAGUCUUAGACGUACAUGGCAUAUCAAAUUCAUUCAUAAUUCCUGGACAAACCACUUUACUAAACAGAAAAUUGGUAUGUACAGUAAACUCGAUUUAACGGAAUUCAAUAUAACGAACUCUCCGUUUGCGGAAGGAAUUUUUUCCGUUAUUUUUCACUCGAUUUAGUGAGCUAGUUCGCUAAAUUGAAGUUGAUUCCAUUACUGCGCUCACACCUACGAGACACCUCAGACACAUGAUAUGUACAUAGAAACAUUAUUCAUGGCUCGCCUUAAACUAGGGGGUUCGGUGUUUGUUUUCUCUUUUUUCUUUAAUUUCCAAACGUUUUUCCAAUUGAUAACUGCAUUCUUUUGACUUUCUCCCCCCCCCCACACCACUUUCUUUCUGUGACUUCUGAGAGAUAUUUGGUGUGAUGUGUAAGCACUGUUGAUCGAGUGGUAGCAGUGAACAACACACACGGUGGCGGCAGGACGCAGACUGAGCGGAUGUAAACAAACCCCACAUCCCAAGUGGCGCAUUUGGUGUGGAAUUUAACGGAAUUAUGCUCAAUUUAGCGGAAAUUUCAAUUUAACAGAAAGGGGUGGCUCAAAUUAGUUCAUUAAAUUGAGAAAAUACUUUAGUUGAUGAAUAUCUAAGGCAAAUAUAUUCCAAAUUACUGUAUAUUCAUCAUUUACCAUCUUGGUUACUUCCAGCUGAAGUUUAAAUACCAUUUGAGGUUUGCUUUACUUCUUGCAAAAACUCGAGGCUCUUGUUUGUAAAGUUAACAUCUAUACACUCAUACUGUAUAUUCAACAACUUUCAUCUCUUUAGUUGUGAAUCCUAUCAUUCUUGGGCACCAUCAGUCAAUAUCUUCAGCUUUGUAGCCACACUUGAGGCUGCUGUGGAAGGAAGUACAAUGCAGUAAUCUGAUAUUAUUGCAUGAAAAAAAUUCUAGUCACAAAUAAUACAUCAGCUUGUAAUGUGCUGGUCGUAUUUAAUAAAUUGUCAUUUCUCGGGUCACUGCAGAAACUCGCAUCAUCGUCAUUCUCAUUACAUCUUGUGCAGCUCUUUAUCUGAACACGUGUUGACACUAGAUUAUUUCUAAGCCAGGAAGUUAAACGAGAAUGUGUGAAUUGAGUUUGUUUCAGUUUUGUUAAUGAAAGUAAUACUGUAUAUUGUAUUAGUAAAACUAUGUAAAGUUUAUAAAAAAACCAUGUAUUAAUUAUUAAUGCUAAUAAUUUAUUAGAGUUCCUCUUGUUGGAGGACAGUUUGGGUGAACAUUAUUUUGGGCCUGAUAUUAUAGGUUAUGAAGAUAGUCAGGUUGUACAUUAGUGGAGUCACGUGUUUUUUUUUUUUAUAUUGGUAAGGAGUCAUUAGUUUCAUUGUAAAAAGUGUGCUGUAAAUGUUUAUCUUGUAAUAAGUUUAUAUGUAAAUACUAUACAUUUUGUGAUGAGAAUUCUUCAGCAUUUAUGUAAUCAUUUCAAUUUUCAUAUAAUCUCAAAUAUUUCAUGUGUGAAAUGUACAGUCUGUUGUAUUGUAAAUAAUGUAAACUGCCAGACAUGAUGUAGAUGAAAUAGAGCAUUUGCCAUCCUCUA